UCAAGAUACUCAAUAAGUCGUUCCUGAAUGAUUAAAUGGAGUGAAUUUUUAUCCUUAGCUGCAGAGGUUGCUGAUGGAUGCCAAGAAAGCUUGGAUGAAACCAGUGAUGGAAAUAAACCAGGAAGUGGUUGCUGUACAGCUGUUUGGAAUGCAGAUGGAGCUUCCGCUUUGAUGCUAGACCAUGCAAGGCACUGCUGUUUGCACUCGAGGCCAAAUUUUACGAGAAAGAGAGAGAUCAGAUCUGAGAGCCUAGAAAUUCCAAUCAAUGUGAUUCUACCUCAGAGGGGCACGGAGCCCUUCCUGAGGCUCCACAACCUAUACACCACUCCUCGCUGCUCCAGGCAGGCUGCCAUGCCCCGGAUAAGCCGCAGGGUAGCCAGCCAGCACUCCUACCCACUCAACCGCUUCUCCUCUAUGCCCUUUGACCCCAUGGAGCGCCCCACCUCCCAGGCCGACCUGGAACUAGACUACAACCCUCCCCGAGUGCAGCUCAGCGACGAGAUGUUUGUCUUCCAAGAUGGGCGUUGGGUGAACGAGAGCUGCCGCCUGCAGUCACCUUACUUCUCUCCCUCCUCCUCCUUCCACCAUAAACUGCACCACAAGAGGAUGGCCAAGGAGUACCUGCUGCAGGAAGAGAACAAGUCUCUUCGGGAUGAGAACAGGGCUCUGAGGGAUGAGAACAAGGCCCUCCGCAAGGAGAACAAGAUUCUACAGGUCUUUUGGGAAGAGCACAAGGUCAGUUUGGGCCACGAGGAGAGUCAGACCUCCUCGCCACUGCUGCACAAAGACACAACCUCCCAGGAAGUAGUGAAGAAAGACAACGCCACUUUGCCUGCCCAGCGUAGCAAGGAGAACACCCUACAGUUCAUUCGAGAGGAGAACCGGGCCCUCCAGCAGUUGCUGGAGCAGAGGCAGGCCUACUGGGCACAGGCAGAAGAGAUUGCGACUUCUGCUGAGGAGGGCAAGCCCACCUCCUCACCCAAGGAGGAACCCCAUAAUUCAGGGCUUCUGCCAGAUCAGAGCACAAGCCACUCCUCCCACUUUGAGGAGCCCAAAGGGUCCCCUACAACACAGGAGGACUCAAAGACGCUGCGCGCCCUGAGGGAGAUGGUUACCAACUUGUCCGGGCCAUCUGGGGAAGAAGAGGUCAAGGCAGGCCCUAAUCUAGCUGACAGCGCUCAGCCCCUGCAGCUGCUGAGAGAGAUGAAUCAGGCACUGCAGGCCCUGAGGGAGGAGAACCGGCUGCUGCAGGAGGAGAACAGGGCUCUCCACGCCAUGCGUGAGGAACACCGCGUCUUCCAGGAGGAGAACAAGGCCCUGUGGGAGAACAACAAGCUGAAGCUGCAGCAGCGGCUGGUCAUCGACACGGUGACUGAGGUCACAGCUCGUAUGGAGAUGCUUAUUGAGGAGUUGUAUGCCUUCAUGCCGGCCAAGAACAACAAAGAUCCCAAAAAGCCCAGCAGGGUCUGAGGCCUCGGCAGUGGACAUAGACGCCAAGACCAGGCCGGAGAGAAUCCUCAACCUUCCUUUGUCUUCCUUGUGUUGGCCCAGCAGUGCGUGCCUGUGGGACAGCGGAGAAAGGGCCAUCCUCCACUCGAGACACAAUAAAGGCAGAGGAGGCUGGGGCCAGCCAACACCA